GUUGCUUUGUGUAUCGAAAAAACAAGUCUUUGUACCGUUUAAAAUGUAUUUAAAUAUCAUAUUCACAACAACGAUACUCUCAGCUGUUAGUUCCAUUCCAGCUGCUCCAAAUAAUUCAAUUGCAACAGCACACGAAGAUCUUAAUCAAUGGAUAGAGAUUGAAGUGGUUCCUAAUCCCGAAAUAAAAUACGCGCCCAGUCCCCCCGGUUAUGAGCACGCAUUACUUCCAAACGUGUGUUUUGAAAAUUAUCUGGCAAAAUUGGAAUGUGCUAUUGCGUCUUUGUCCAGAAAUGUUAAUGAUAUUCAUGCUUGGAAUGCGAUCAAGCUUUAUGGAAGGAAUUUAAAGAGAAACUUCGUUGGAGAUGUUUUUGUAUAUUUGAAUCGUUGUGAAACAUCUUAUGGCGUCAAAGUAAAAAUAUUUUUGAAAUCAUUGAAUAAACAUCUAAAUGAUUUUUCUCGUCCACUUCCUCCUACACAUUCCGGAGCAAGAAAUUUAUGCGAAGAUCUAUGUGUUAUGCAAGCGGUCCGUGGUAUUGUUCUUCCAAAUUUGAAUUUAGCUAAAUAUGCAAAACAAUAUAACACCACUCAAGCUGAACUUUUGAAUGUUGCCAAUGAUCCAAUUCUCUUGAAUGUUAUAUCAGAAAUGUGUGAAAAAAUGUUCAAUAUGCAGAUAAAUUGUUCGUUUGAACGUUACAAAAAUAUUUCAGAGGAAACAGAACGUAUUUUGGUGGAAUUUCUUCUCCAAACUUCGUACGAUGUUAAACAUCAUCUAAAAUACAAUGCUGAACGGGAAAGUGUAGUUCUUCCAACUGGAUAUAUUGAAAAUCCAUAUAAGCAUAGGAAUCAAGUAUAUGUUGGUGAUUCAUUGUGCUAUGUUUUUUGGGUGAACAUCGACAAGUAA